UGGAUGGUGAUCACAUUUUCAUUGCUAUAUAUAAACUGCUUUAUUUAGACUUUGUGAGGUUCUGAAGGCUGCGAUGAGUGGAAGUAAGGUGGAUGUGAAGGUCGUUCUGCUCGGCAAGUCGUAUGCGGGAAAGACAUCUCUUGUUGAGCGGUACAUCCGUGGUCAUUUCACUGGUGAUACCGUGGCAUACCAGAAUGUAAGGACAAUUGGAGCUGCAUUUGGAGCUAAGAAAGUGGAGAUUGGUAAAAAGACACUGACUCUGGGAAUAUGGGACACAGCUGGAAGUGAGCGCUAUGAAGCCAUGAGUCGAAUUUACUACCGGGGAGCCGCAGCAGCCAUCUUGUGUUUUGAUCUCACUGACAAAUCAAGCUUUGAUCGAGCUCGAUUCUGGAUUGGAGAACUUAGAGCUAAAGAAGAGUCGUGUAAGAUCUAUCUAUGUGGAACCAAGUGUGACCUCAUUGAGUCAGAUCCAGAUCUACGGAAUGUGGACGAACAAGCAGCUAAAGCUCUAGCAAUGGAUGUGAUGGCUGAACUGUAUGAGACAUCAAGCAAGACAGGAAAAAACAUAAAUGAAUUGUUCCUGCAGAUUGCCAAGGACUAUCUUAAUUCCACGAAGCCUCCAACACCAGGUGAACAUAAAGAAUCAUUUAUACUGAGAGACUGGAAGCAUCCAAGGUCUUGUAUGUGCAAAGGAAGCUAACAUCUUUGUUUAACAAUUCUAUUUUAAGUUUAUCCACGGUUCACAGCCAGAAGAUGUUUUGUUUGAUGGAAGACAGCAGAAUGGCUGCAUUCCCCCAGACUUUCCCUGCCGAAAACAAGAAAGAUUAUUUUUAACCUACCCAAAGAGUCAAAUAAUUCAGUAUUUUUAUUUACCAUGGUCAAUUGAUGGUGAGUGUGUUCUGUAAUGUUAUUGGUUAAGUAUGUUUCCAGGCAUCGAAUAGACAAAUAACACCCACACAGUUAAUCAUGCCAUUAGAAAAUGACGUCAUUAAAAAAUGGGACAGGCUAAGUUCAAGGGUCUGCAGUUAGAUUGUAACCAGGUAUUUCUUUUAAAAAGAAUGAGACAUUAAGUUGAUACUGUGGAAAAACAUUUCAGUUUACAAUGGACAUAGCCAUAUUGAAUUUUUUAAUUUGCGGGUGUUCUAUUUGAUGCUCUUGGAAGUGAUAUUUGACCGAAUGAGUUAGCUGUAGCCCAAAAAAGAAAUGUCUGUGGGCAUCAAGAAAACAACACUCACAGAUCUAAAAAAAAAUGCUUAUUGUUGUCCCCUGAUUAUUAUUAAUUUUGUUACUUUAUGGCAGUUACAAAAAGGAUUGGAUGGGAGAGAUGUGAGACAGUUGUAUUUUUAAUACCCACCAUUGACAUAAUAAUAUAACUCAUCUUUUAUCUGUCUUAAAAUACAUUCCAACAGAUUGACAAUAUGUUUAAAAUGCUGCUGCUUAUCCCCAUGUGAUUAUUUCUGAAUGAAUGGAUGGAUGGAUUGGUUUUGGAUGGGUGGAUAGAUUGGUUUUGGGUG